AUGGCGUUCUGCAGGAAGCUCCCCACUUUGCUCCUCCUUCUCUUCACAUUCUCAACUUGUUCUAACUGCAUCACAUUCACCAUCACCAACAACUGCAGCACUACCAUAUGGCCGGCCACGCUGUCGGGUUCAGGGUCGGCGGAGCUGUCGCCAACGGGGUUCCUGCUGGAGUCGGGGCGAAGUGUGAAACUGACGAGCGGGCCGAAAUGGUCGGGGAGGAUAUGGGGAAGGACUGGGUGCAAGUUUGAUGGGAAGGGAAACGGAAAGUGUGAAACAGGUGAUUGCGGGGGGAAGCUGGAGUGUGAAGGGAGCGGAGCAGCUCCUCCGGCGUCGUUGUUUGAGAUAACACUCGGUGGCGGCACUGACCAAGACUUCUAUGAUGUCAGCCUCGUCGAUGGCUACAAUCUUCCAAUGCUUGCUGUCCCAGCAGGCGUCUAUGGUGCCUCCGCCUGUAAUUCCACUGGUUGUAUUUCUAAUAUCAACACAGGUUGCCCUAAAGAACUCCAAGUGACGAGUGGGAACGGGAAGCAAGGAAGCGGGGGCGUGGUAGGGUGCAGGAGCGCUUGCGAGGCAUUUGGAUCGGACCAGUACUGUUGCAGCGGACAAUAUGCCAACCCAACCACAUGCCAUCCCUCCCAUUACUCAACCAUCUUCAAGAAGGCCUGUCCCAGAGCUUACAGCUACGCUUACGACGACACCACCAGCACUUUCACCUGCAGAGCUUACGGAUAUGACAUCAUUUUCUGCCCCUCCUCCGCCUUCAGGAUUAGAAAGCCAACUAAUAAACGCAAUGGAACGGCUCAGCAGGCUGGUUCCUCAAGUGCUCUCUUCCCCUAUUCAUGCCCAUUCUCCCUGUGUGUUGCCGCUCUUACUUUCUGGACUUCUAUAGCAACAUGGCCUUCACUAUGAAUGAAACCAUAUAAUGCUCUCUCGGAUGGGGAUGGUGAUGAGUUGAGUAUGAUUCUUGGAGAACUAUGCGUGCAUUCCGAAUCAUAAAUUACUCUUCCGUUGCUUCAGCGGACUGCCAGAUGCUUAAGAGCACAUAGCCGCAACACCAGUCUAUACACUCAUCUCGAGCGAAGUAGUAAUGUAGAAAGAAAUACACUAAAACUUGUCAUUUCUAACGUGACCGGAAUGUAAGGAUUAUUCUCCCACACAUUCUCUCUUCCACAACCUGUUCUGCAUAAAUUUAAUGAACAAUAGCCGCCUAAUUUGAAUCAAAGAUGAUAAUAUUUAUUUUUCAAAGAUAACAAUAUUUAUUGAAAACCAAACAAACAAUGUUAUUCUGGAAUAUAGACUCAAACAGAAAUAUCUUAAGAAUGGCCUGCUUAGAACGCUAAUGGCAGAUCUUCUAUAUUU